AUGGCGAUGUCUGGUGUUACGCUGGACGAGAGAGUCCACACCGCGAUCAAUGAUCUGCGCAUGAAGAAGUGUCGCUAUGUCAUGAUGGCCAUUGGUACAGACGGGAGGCAGAUUGAGGUGACAGAGAUUGGCGACCGCAGCGUGACAUACGACGCUUUCAAGGAUAAGUUUCCAGCAGACAAUCCAUGCUACGUGGCCUUUGACUUUGAGUAUGCCGACACCGGAUCGAACCGCGACAAGCUCAUCCUCAUUCAAUGGAUCCCCGACACUGCGAAGCCGCGCGAGAAGAUGAUGUACAGCGCGAGUCGAGAUGCGCUGAGCGCUGUGUCGGAGGGCUACCUCCCCAUCCAGGCGAACGACGCAUCGGAGCUGAUGGCCGAAGAGAUCAUCCGCAAGGUGAAGGUGUACCGCAGUGUGUAG